GUAGUGUUCCCGCGUGUCUCCCCUCACCUCCCGAGACCGUGGGACCGUUUAGCUCGCGGUGGAGAAGAACGCAGCGGAAUUGGCAUGGGUGCUUAAAACUGUAUGUGCGACUGUGUGGGGAAACCAGCGGAUAGUUUUGACAGACGGGGAAUUAACUGAACAUUAACAUCUGGCAAGUCUGUGCCGCUGCCUCUGCCGUCAUAUUGAGUGGAGUCUCAAAGUCUCUUACAAACCAGAGCAGGGGGCCCAUGGAUUCAAGGACUUUCAUCCCUUCAGUCUUCAUUCUUUUGCUGGUCCUUGAUUCUCAGACAGCUGUCAGUCAGUCCAGUGACCCGUUAGAGCCCAUGUGUUAUGACUGGGGGGGGUCCAGUGUGGUGCACGUUUUGGUGGAGCAGUCUGGUUUCCUGUCCUGUCCACUCUUCUCUCACCCGGCUGUCUACAACUACUCCUCCACCCAGAGCACAGGACACAACCUAUUCUGGUACAGGGUCCUGGAGGGACAGGACCUCGAGCAGCCCAUCACCAAGAGUGCUAGGCUCAGCAAAGACAGAGACCGCCUGUGGCUACAGCCGGCUAAUGCUAAUGACACAGGACAAUACAUCUGCAUGAUACGGAAUAAGACAUCUUGCAGUAAAAUUGCGAUGCGUCUCACUGUGCUUCGCCCUGAAGACGUCACCCAUGGUAACAGUUGUGCACCUGCAGUUGCCGUGCCAGUGACACACGAAGUGAUUCCCUUUCAGAAAGGGAAGAUCCUGGAUUGUCCUGAUGCUCAGGAGGCCACCAAGAUGGCCGACAGCCUCCCCACUGUGACCUGGGUUCAUCUGACAAAAAACAAGAAGUGUGACCAAUUCCCAAUCCGUUCCCCUGAACGACAGGUGAAGGGCCUGUCCCUGCAGGUGCAUAUCAUGACGGAGUUUUUUCAAGGUCUGUACUUCUGCACCGUUCAGUACCAGCGCAGAGGAAGAGCUCUCACUUUCACUAGAGUCAUCAAUGUCUCCGCAAUCAACGACAUAGGAAAUCUAACUAUUUUGCAGCCGACCAAAGAUUAUGUUUUCAACGUGAAACAAGAUGAAGAAGCACGUCUCGUCUGUACAGCUCUGUUCCCGUAUCUAAACACUCCGUGGGAAAUGUGGUGGACUAUUGACGGCAAAACUGUGGAGCAGUUCAAUGACCCGAGGUUCUCUAAAACAGCCAGAAGACUGAAGGAGGACUAUGGGGAUCGUACAGAGCAGAGUGUCUUGAUCAUUCAGGAUUUCCAGAGGGACGAUUUGAACCGAGAGUUUAACUGCUCUGUGAAGAACGGCUGGGGCAACAUGACCCUGCGCGCCAACCUCAAACUCGAAGUCUCCCUGCCCUCACUGGAGCUUGGCUGUGGUCUCGGAGUCACGCUCUUCCUCAUGCUCCUCCUCUUCAUCAUUUAUCACGUGUUCUGGCUCGAGCUGCUGCUGCUCUACAGGUCCUGGUUUGGCACAGAUGAACGACACACAGACGAUAAGGAGUUUGACGUGUACAUCUCAUAUGCGCGAAACACCGAAGAGGAGCAGUUUGUCCUAUCCACGCUCAGAAGUGUCUUGGAAAAUGACCUGGGAUACUCUGUGUGUAUCUUUGACCGGGAUAGUUUACCAGGAGGAACCAUCACAGAUGAGACUCUGAGUUUUGUGGCACGCAGUCGGCGCCUCCUGGUGGUCAUCAGCCCCGGUUACGUCUUGCGGGGGUCCCAGGCGUUGCUGGAGCUCAAGGCUGGGAUCGACGGCAUGGCCCUGGGUGGGCACCUGAGGGUUAUUCUGGUGCAGUACCGUCCUGUAAAGAGACAGAUGUGGGUGAGAGAGCUGAGGAGGGCCCGGGUGGCAUUGGUGUUGGUUCGUUGGCAGGGGGAUGAGUCCAAACAGCUCACGUCUCGCUUUUGGAAGAGGCUGAGAGUGGAGUUACCUUUGCAGAGGAAAGCUGAGGAGACAGAGGGGGGUGGUAAGGAUGUAGCUCUGAUGAGAAUGAGCAGUCAAAACUCUCAAAGCUCUCAAACUGGACUCAUCUCACAGACAACCAAGAGCCCGCAGACUGUGUACAACUACGCAGCGUGACAUCUGCUGUACUCAUAUUCAUGUGUUACAGAAUGAUGAGAAAUUAGGACUGUUGCCAUAGCAAUUAACAAUUUAAACUAAAUAUUACAUCUUUUCACUGUACUUUGUUCAAAAUACUACUGUAUAGAAUUCUAAG